AUGCCCUCCUCAGCCUCCGUCUCCGCCUCGGUCUCGGUCUCGGCCUCGGCCUCUUCUACCACAACCACAACCAGUGGGGCCCACUCGGACCUUCUGACCCGGCUGACCUCAUCCGAAUCCGAAGUCCAGCUCAAGGCUCUGAGGGAGCUCAAGAACCGCAUCAUCGGCAACCGGACCAAGAAGCUCUCCUUCAUCAAGCUCGGUUUGGUACCACCCGUCGCCGCCAUCCUCGCGUCCAAAGCCCAAGCCCAAGUCCAAGCCCAAGCCCAGGCUCAGGCCCGUCACGACUCCAAUCUCCUUGUUCAGUCCACCGCUGCCCUAGGAAGCUUCGCUUGCGGCUUCGAUGCCGGAGUCCGAGCUGUUCUCGACGCCGGUGUGUUUCCUAACCUCUUCUUGCUUCUAUCGCAUCCUGAUGAUAAGGUUGUGGAUGCUGGUGCACGUUCCUUAAGAAUGAUUUAUCAGUCGAAACUAGCUCCAAAGUGUGAUUUCCUUCAAGAAAAAAACAUGGAAUUUCUUCUUUCAUUAUUGAAUAGUGAGAAUGAGAAUGUUACUGGACUUGGUGCAAGUAUUAUCUUACAUUCUUGUGAGAGUACUGCAGAGCAGAAGGCACUGUGUCAUGCUGGGGUUGUAAAGAAGCUAAUUAGCCUUCUUGAAGGUUCUCUAAGUCAGAGAGAUAAUAGUUUAGAGUCUCUAGCCACAGUUAUGAAGAACAAUGUUGAAGCUGUUUCGGAGUUUGUGGGAUCUGAAAGUGGAAGAGCUCUGAGUUCUGUAAUUGGAUUGACAAAGGAUAGGUAUCCCCGUACAAGAUUAUUGGCCUCUAUGUGCUUGAUUGUUAUAAGGAACACUUCUGCUUGCUAUUUACAAGAUAUAGGCAUCAAAACCAAGUUGGUGCAUCUCUUACUUGAACUUCAUGAUGAUCCUGGUCAAGUUGGAGAUGAAGCUCCCUUUGCAUUUUCUAGUUUAAUUUCAGAAAAACCAGAUCUACAGAAACUAGCAUUUGAGGCAAAUGCUAUUGAUAAACUUUACAACCACUUGCAAAAAAGUCAGUUACGUCCCAAACGUUUCCAAGGAAUAUUGCUGGCACUGGCCGAUCUAUGCUCAAAGUUGGAGAGCUGCAGGUCUAGAUUCCUGUCAUUGCAGGCGUUGAACUUGGUAUCUGAUGCGCUAACUCAUGAUAGUUCUGACGUACGUACUGCAGCUUGCAUGUGCUUGAGAUGUGUCUCUCGGUCGAUCAAGAAUUUGUGUGCAGGUAAUUUUUUGAAUGAAAUGAUUGUCCCUCCCUUGGUUCGGCUAUUAGAUGACCCUUCUACUUCUGUCCAGGUUGCAGCUAUCAGUGUUCUUGGCAACAUAGCAGUUGAUUUUACUAUGCGUAGGUCAUUAUUUGUACAGUGUGGAGGUGUGAAACAGCUUGUUCAGUUAUCAAAAUCAAUGGAUUCAACUGUGAGGUUAAAUGCUUUAUGGGCUUUGAGGAACUUGAUGUUCCUUGCAGACAAUGUAUGUAAAGAAGGGAUCUUCAUGGAAUUCACAGCUUCGUCAUUAGCAAGUGUCAUCUGUGACCCUGAACCUUUUGUCCAGGAGCAGGCUCUGGCACUUAUUCGUAAUCUAGUUGAUGGAUGUAUUAAGUCUGUUGAGCUUGUGUUUACUGAAGAUGGUAUGAUAUUAGAUGCUGUUCGGAGGCAGUUGCAGAAUGCUUCAACAGAUGAAAUUUGGAUACAGGGAAUGUAUGUGCUCAGUAAUGUUGCAAGUGGGACUGAAUUUCACAAGGAAGCAGUUAUGCAUCAACUCAUCCCACAAGAAGACAAUGGGACACAAUCUUUUAUUCUCAAGUGUUUGCAGAGUAAUGAAAGCCAGUUACGUACAGCUGCAGUGUGGGCCAUUGUGAAUCUUACUUUUCCAUCAAGUCCUGGUUCAUUUAGCCGGCUUGUAAAACUGCACAGUGCUGGCAUAGUUUCUCAAAUAAAGAGCAUGGUCAAUGAUCCUUGCCCAGACGUUAAGCUUCGAGUAAGAACAGCACUUGGGCAAUUUACGACCUUCGGUGAUUGCUCAACAUGA